AUGAGCGGCCGGGCCCUGCUGCGCCUCCUGGGCCGGGGGCGCCGCUGCCGCCGCCUCCUGCUGCUGGGCCUGAGGGCGCCCCCCGCAGCCGGCCCCCUGCGCCCCGCGCCGCCCCGCGGAGCCCUGCUGACGAGCUUUCUGUCACGAAGAUUUUCCCCUGCGUUUGAAGGACUUUUUUCAGCCACAGUGGAAAAGCAAAAAUUGCCAGCCCAACUUUGGAAGCUUUUGGGUGGCCCUUUGUAUUUUUCUACCUCUGAUCCCCGUCACAAUGGCAAAAGCGGUGAAGGGCCCAAAGGGAAAUCCCCGGAGGAAGAUGAGGAGGAGAAGAAGCGCCGGGAAAGGGAAGACCAGAUGUAUCGGGAGCGCCUUCGGACCCUCUUCCUCAUCGCCAUCAUCAUGAGUCUGCUGAACUCCUUGAGCUCCAGUGGGGGCAACAUCUCCUGGAACGACUUUGUGAACGAGAUGCUGGCGAAAGGGGAAGUGCAGCGGAUUCAGGUGGUCCCGGAGGGCGACAUUGUGGAGAUCUACUUGCAUCCUGGGGCAGUUGUGUUUGGACGGCCCAGGCUGGCCCUGAUGUACCGGAUGCAAGUGGCCAACAUCGACAAGUUCGAAGAGAAGCUGCGAGCGGCCGAGGAGGAGCUGAACAUCCACGUGAAGGACAGGAUCCCCGUCUCCUACAAGCGCACCGGCUUCUUUGGAAACGCUCUCUACGCCCUGGGGAUGGCAGCGGUGGGAGUCGGCAUCCUCUGGUACAUCUUCCGGCUGGCUGGAAUGGCGGGAAGGGAAGGGGGCUUCAGCGCCUUUAACCAGCUGAAGAUGGCCCGCUUCACGGUUGUAGAUGGCAAAUCCGGGAAAGGAAUCAGCUUCAAGGACGUAGCAGGCAUGCACGAGGCCAAAAUGGAGGUCAAGGAAUUUGUGGAUUAUUUGAAGAGCCCUGAGCGCUACCUGCAGCUGGGGGCCAAAGUGCCCAAAGGGGCCCUCUUGCUUGGCCCACCAGGCUGCGGCAAGACCUUGCUGGCCAAAGCGGUGGCGACGGAGGCACAAGUGCCUUUCCUUGCGAUGGCCGGCUCUGAGUUCGUGGAGGUGAUCGGAGGUCUCGGGGCUGCCCGUGUGCGGAGCCUCUUCAAAGAAGCCCGUGUCCGAGCCCCCUGCAUCGUCUACAUUGACGAAAUAGACGCUGUGGGGAAGAAGCGCUCCACCAACAUGGCAGGCUUCUCCAACACCGAGGAAGAGCAGACCUUGAACCAGCUGCUGGUGGAAAUGGACGGCAUGGGGACCACCGACCACGUCAUUGUGCUGGCCUCCACCAACCGGGCAGAUAUCCUGGAUAAUGCUCUCAUGAGGCCCGGGCGGCUCGAUCGUCACAUUUUUAUCGACCUGCCCACCCUGCAGGAGAGGAGGGAAAUCUUUGAGCAGCACCUGAAGGGCCUGAAGUUAUCCCAGGUGGGCAGCUUCUACUCCCAGCCUGCUGAACUGACUCCAGGCUUCAGUGGAGCCGACAUCGCCAACAUCUGCAACGAGGCCGCUCUUCACGCCGCGAGGGAAGGACAUAAGUCCAUCGACACCUUCAAUUUUGAAUAUGCCGUGGAAAGAGUCAUUGCCGGAACUGCCAAAAAGAGCAAGAUUCUGUCCCAGGAGGAGCGGAGGGUGGUGGCCUUUCAUGAGUCCGGCCACGCCCUGGUGGGCUGGCUGCUGGAACACACAGAGGCCGUGAUGAAGGUCUCCAUCGCCCCUCGCACCAACGCGGCCCUGGGCUUUGCUCAGAUCCUGCCCAAGGACCAGUACCUCUUCACCAAGGACCAGCUGUUUGAGCGGAUGUGCAUGGCCUUGGGAGGGAGGGCGUCCGAGGCCAUCACCUUCAACAAGGUGACGACAGGGGCACAAGAUGACUUGAGAAAAGUAACGAGGAUAGCCUACUCCAUGGUGAAGCAAUAUGGGAUGAUGCCCAACGUUGGACACCUUUCCUUCCCCGUCGAGGAGAACGCUUCAGGGAUCGGGCGGCGCCCUUUCAGCCACGGACUCCAGCAGAUCAUGGACCACGAGGCAAAACUGCUGGUGGCCCAAGCCUAUAGGCGCACGGAGACGUUGCUUCUGGACAACCGGGACAAGCUGAAGAUGCUGGCUAACGCCCUCCUGGAAAAGGAAGUGAUCAAUUAUGAUGACAUCGAAGCCCUGAUUGGGCCUCCUCCCCACGGACCCAAGAAAAUGAUUGCCCCGCAGAGCUGGAUUGAAGCCGAGAGAGACAAGCAAGAUGUGGGGGAUGAGGAGCCCCCCCAGCAGCCCCCCAGGCGAGAGGAAGAGGAAGACGAACCCAACCUGAGCCCUGUCUGAAGCCAGGCCAUAGUGUGGAGCAGAAGAAGAGCCUCCUCACUUCCUGUCUGAAUCAGGCUCACUUGCGCGUAACGUGUGCGGGCCCCUCUGCUCAGAUAUCUGGGAUGGUCUGUCGAUAGUGUCUUUUCCCUUGCUCUGGGAAUGAGCUGUGGUAUGGGGGUGAUGUCAGACACCAUUUCCAAGAUGUCUGAAAGAAACCAGAUGUCCAUGGGUCACUGGAUUGUCCUGGUUAGAAGGAGCCAGCUCUCGGGCGCCAGACCUCCUGCCAAGUAAUUGGAACUCUAUGAGUGCCACGUGAGGCCUCUGGCCACAAGGAAGGCAAAGCCCAAACUUUGAGAAAGAGAGAGCACCUACAAGUUUGUCCAGUGCAGCUGGAGGCAGUGAAGUGGGAAGCAAAUGUGACGUGGGGAGGGGGAAGUGUGUGAAAGAGAAAGUGAUCAGCCAGUUCUGUUUGCAUCCCCCACCCCAUCAUUGUGGAUUAUUCCACGAGGAUUGUCUUUGUCGUAAAAUGAACCUAGUCUGUAUUUUGCUCCUGCCAACGUUAUCUUGCAAUUCUCUGGCCUUCUCUUUCAGAGCCCUUGCCACAGGAUGUUAAUUGCAAGUGUAAAACAAGUGUUUGGGUUCCUCUUGAGAAAGAGUCCCCGUUCCCACCCCCACCCUGCCUCCACCUUCCCCCUUCUGGUCCUUGGCAAUUUAUCCUCUGUGAUCUGUAGCUGCCACCUAGUGGUCUGUUCAGGAACCUGCACGGAACAGUUUCACUCUAGAAACCUUGGGCAAGAGCAGCAGCUCCUGAGUCUCUGGGGCCCUUCUCCCACCCACCUAUGAGACAUUGUCGGAGGAGUUACUUGACUUUCACCAGACCGCUCAACAGUGUAGCAGCCAUUGGUCUUCAGAUAGCUUCAGGGGCAGAGAAGUCAUAGGUCCUGACUGUCAGUGUGUGUUUAUCUUGGAAGUUUGGAUAAUGUUCAAGAAAAUAAAGUUUGGAGCUUCUUA